GAGAAAGAAAAGUAGGCAACUUUAAGUCAUGGACAUUUAAACGAUGCCGUUAGGUCCCGUAACGUGUGGUUGGUUAGGGCUUGGAGGGCCCGUCUUCAACCAUUUUCUGAUUGUCACAAGCUAAAAACCCGAGCAGCUGCUCGGAGGGAUUUUUUACAUUUAUUCUGCGCCGAAACAAUUGGAAAAUCCCAAUCCCUUUUCUGUAUAUUUUCUUUGGGGGCAGAAAGGUAGAAACUUGUUUGUUCUCUUGAAGAUUAAGCAUGCCAUCUGAGGACUUGAAGUCAGUGAAAAAGGAGGAACCCGAAGAGGAUAAUGAGGACCUCAAAAGCCUGAGUUCGAUGAGGGAGAAUCGUAAGAAGAAACCCUCGAGUAAUAGCAACAAUGCUGCUAUUUCUAACUCGAAAUUGCGUCCUAAAGAAGCCGAAGUGAAGAAAGAAGAGCCGAUAGAGACUGAUGAUGAAGAUGAAAAACCCAUCUCUAAAAGGAGCUCCGCUACUAAAGCGACCAAGCCCAAGAAGGAAGAGAGCGACGAUGAAGACGAAAAACCAAUCUCCAAAAGGAGCUCCGCUACUAAAGCAGAUAAGGUCAAAAGAGUUGCAGCUGGCUUGUUGCAUUCAACAUGCAUUGAUGGUAUUGCAGAAACUGGGUCUUUGUUUGUGUUUGGGGAUAAAGUGGUAGCUAAUCUUGGAUUUGGGGAGGCCAAGAAUGCAACCAUGCCAUCCAUGAUCAAUACAUUGCCAUAUUCAGAAGAAGUUGCAUGUGGUGGCUACCACACUUGUGUUGUAACAAGUAAUUCUUUUAUCUUCAUUAUUAAAUGUUUUUGCAUGUUUUUAUUUAUAUGACUCACGAUUUGGAGC